CUAAUUAAACAAACAAUAAAGUAUUUAAACCACUUUUUUCUCUUCUUCUUUUUCUUUCUUCUCUCUUUAUCUUCUAUAUCUUUUUUCUUCUCUUAUUUCAUUGUAUAUAAAUACAUCUAUACCACCAUAUAAUAUAUAUAUAUAUAUGAACAAUAUCAUACCAAGUCAAGACAAUGUUCAGACUAGACUGGAAAUGAUUGACCAACUUAAAUCAUUUUUAGUAACUGCACCAAAUGGUCAAAAUGAAGCAAUCAAUCAACAUCAUUUGCCCAAUGGCGAAAUCGUUUCUUGUGUAAGAUGGAACGAUUCCUUUUUUAUUUCAGGUACAGACAUUGUCCGUUGUCUCGUAUUUCGUUUCUUAGCAUUUGGGAGACCAGUCGAAAAUGUCAAAAAAUUCGAAGAAGGCAUUUUCAGUGACUUGAGAAACCUAAAGCCUGGUACAGAUGCUAUUCUGGAAGAACCCAAGUCUCCUUUCCUUGAUCUCUUGUUCAGAAAUAACUGUAUUCGGACACAAAAGAAGCAAAAAGUGUUCUAUUGGUUUUCUGUCCCUCAUGAUCGGCUUUUUUUGGAUGCUCUUGAGCGUGAUCUGAAAAGGGAAAAAAUGGGUGUUGAACCUACUUCUACUGCUGUUGCUCAUCCUGCCAUUGCUAUCUCUUUGGACACUACACAAGCAAUGUUUGACGAGUUUCGUAAGGCCAUGUUGUGCGAACUUAAUUUGGACUCAUUUUAUCAACAACAACAACAACAACAACAGCAACAACAAGAUGAAUCAGACAUCAACGAAGAAUCUACGUCACCCAUCGAUGAACAUGUGAGCGACAGUCCAAAUGACAAUACAGAUAUUCAGAAAGCAUCUUGCACUAUCUUUGGUCAGUUUUCUUUAUUCGAAGGUUCGCCUACAUAUAAACAACGCAAGAGACGCGCCAACCAAACA